AUACAGAUAAGGUAAAGAGGAAGGUGUCAGUAUGAACAUGCUGACAGUCCUGGUGGUAGUAGGCACCUUGUGUGCUCAGAUUUACUCUGCUCCAGCACCUAUCAAAACCCCCCUGUCUAUUACAUUCCCAGGGGAGAUACGCAAUGACCUGACUGACCUGCAGCGGGCUGAGAGGUACUUGCAGCAGUUUGGAUACAUGGCCCAAGAACAAGGUGAUGAUGAACAGGUGUCACUAAGGAAAGCACUUCGUCUCAUGCAGAAGAAGCUGGGACUAAAUGAGACAGGAGAGCUGGAUACAGAGACUAUGGAUACCAUGAAGAGUCCUCGCUGUGCAGUUCCAGAUAUUGGCAACUUCAACACAUUUGAGGGUGAUCUAAAGUGGGAUCACAAUGAUAUCACAUACAGGAUCCUAAACUACUCCCCUGAUUUGGAUCCUGAUGUGAUAGAUGAUGCUUUUGUUCGUGCAUUUGCAGUCUGGAGUGCAGUUACCCCUCUCACAUUUACACGUAUAUAUAAAGGUGUUCCUGACAUUGAUAUCCUGUUUGGAUCUGAGGAUCAUGGGGAUCCCUACCCCUUUGAUGGAAAGGAUGGUCUCCUGGCUCAUGCGUAUCCACCAGGUCAGGGGGUGCAGGGAGAUGCUCACUUUGAUGAUGAUGAGUUUUGGACUCUUGGAACUGGAGUGGUGGUAAAAACACGGUUUGGUAAUGCAGAGGGAGCUCAGUGCCACUUUCCUUUCACAUUUGAGGGUCAGUCCUACUCUUCCUGUACAAGUGUCGGACGCACUGAUGGACUUUUGUGGUGCAGCUCAACACCAGACUAUGAUAAGGACCGCAAAUAUGGCUUCUGUCCUAGUGAAUUGCUAUUCACAUAUGGAGGCAACAGUGAUGAGAGUCCCUGUGUAUUUCCAUUCAUCUUUGAUGGACAGACCUAUAACAGCUGUACCACAGAAGGGCGCUCAGACAAGUACCGCUGGUGCAGUACCACAGCCAACUAUGACAAGGAUGGCAAAUAUGGCUUUUGCCCUAAUCGAGACACAGCUGUGAUCGGAGGAAACUCACAAGGAGACCCUUGUGUCUUCCCAUUCACAUUUCUGGAAAAGACCUACAGUGCAUGCACCACUGAUGGUAGAGGUGACAGGAAGUUAUGGUGUGCUACCACCUCCAGUUAUGAUCAAGACCGGAAGUGGGGCUUUUGUCCAGACCAAGGAUACAGCCUCUUCCUGGUGGCAGCCCAUGAGUUUGGCCAUGCCUUGGGCUUGGAGCACAGUGAUGUCCGUGACGCUCUCAUGUACCCAAUGUACAGCUAUGUGAGUGAUUUCCACCUUCACAAAGACGAUGUGCGUGGGAUACAAUAUCUUUAUGGUGCUAGGACUGGUCCAGAUCCUACUGCACCAGUGCCCACUGACAAGCCAGAGACUACAACAUUAACCACAUCCACAACCAGUGUGACCCCAAGUGUGGCUCCUGUGGACCCUGCAAAAGAUGCCUGUAAAGUGAAAAUGUUUGAUGCCAUUGCAGAACUGAAGGGAGCACUUCACUUCUUUAAAGAUGGACUCUACUGGACUGUUUCUGACAAAGGCGAGGUGGCUCAUCAAUCCCCACUCCGUAUCUCAGAAGCAUGGCCAGAACUACCAUCCAACAUAGAUUCUGCAUUCCAGGAUCCCACUAGCAAAAAAAUAUUCUUUUUCUCAGGACGCAAGUUUUGGCAGUACACUGGUAGCAGUGUUUUGGGUCCACGAAGCAUUGAAAAGCUGGGCCUGGAGAAAGAAGUAGAGAGCAUUCUGGGUGUGAUUCCUCGUGAUAAUGGAAAAGCAUUGUUAUUUAAUGGAGAAAAAUAUUGGAGGCUGGACGUGAAGGCACAAACUGUGGAUAAGGGCUACCCACGAAGCACAGAUGAAGAUUUUGCUGGAGUUCCUUCUGACUCUCAUGAUGUUUUCCUAUACAAAGGUAAAUAUUACUUCUGCCAAGAUCGUUUCUUCUGGCGCAUGACGUGGCGCAAACAGGUGGACAAAGUUGGAUACGUCAAAUAUGAUCUCCUGAACUGCCCAGAGAAUUAGAAGUGAAAGCACUCAGAAAUAUAGGGCAGUGUGUAACACAGAAGAAGAGAAGAAGAAUGUGGUGGCACUUUACAAAUAAAUUAUAAUAAUAAUAAUCACCAGUAUGGGGGAUAAUAGGACAGGUUUCCAUUAGGACAAGUGGGGGCGCAGGACGCAAUUGCCCCAAGAUAAGUAUCCCUUGUAAACUUCCUUAUUCUCUAACUGAGAAAUAGCAAAUAACUGUAAAUUAUUGUAUGCAAUGUCUUCCAUGUACAGUAGUGAUGCCACAUAUUCAUCUUAUGUAUAUGUGCAUACGAUUUGUACCUGCCAGGUGCAGGCUGUGAGAGAGGUGUGUGUGUAUGAUGAUCAGAUGUUGUAGCCAUGGUGCGAAACAAGAGAUUUCUAUAAUAUAUGGUUUUCUAUUCUAAUAAAUAAUAUUUCUCUCUGA